AAAGCAGAGCCGGAGCCCAAACCAAACUGAGGAGAGAUGGAUGGUGGGGGGAGGGACUGGAGAGAGAGCGCUGCUUAUUGGUAGGCUGCGGGUCUCUCUCUGUGGAUGGAUUGACUUAGCACGGGUCGAAUUACACCAUUUGCCGUGUAUUAGUUUGUUAUUCUCCCAGCCAGGAGAAGUUGAUUCACUACGACGCGCACAAUUUUCUUUUCUGGAUUACAGCAACACGAAAGGAUACAAAAUAAGGAAUUCAGAUGAGGUAACAUCUCCACUAGUGUGAAACAGGAAGUGUCGUCUGUGAGCAGCCAUGGGCCAGAGAGCUGUGCUUCUGCUCAGUGAGCUGCUGCUGCUGCUGCUGCUGACAGCCUCACGCACUCUCCUCGCAGUCAGCUUCCCAGAGGACACCGUACCCCUCGAUGUCGUUGACGCACACUUUUCACGGAGGUACCCUGUGUUCAGAGGCCGGCCCUCUGGCAACGAGUCACAGCAUCGCCUCGACUUUCAGCUCAUGACCAAGAUACAGGACACACUGUUCAUCGCUGGCAGAGAUCAGGUGUACCUCGUCAGUCUAAGAGAAUCCUACAGGAAUGAGAUCAUCCCUUACAGAAAGCUUACAUGGCGAUCGGGCCAAGUCGACAGAGACAUGUGUGCCGUCAGGGGAAAACACAGAGAGGAGUGUCACAACUUCAUUAAAGUGCUGGUACCAAGAAAUGAUGACCUGGUGUUCAUCUGUGGGACCAACGGCUUUAACCCCAUGUGCAGAUACUACAGGCUUGAUAACCUCGAGUUUGAUGGGGAGGAGAUCAAUGGAUUGGCCCGGUGCCCAUUUGACUCAAAGCAAACCAACGUUGCCCUUUUCGCUGAGGGGAAGUUGUAUUCUGCAACUGUAGCCGACUUCCAGGCCAGUGAUUCUGUCAUCUAUCGCAGCAUGGGUGAUGGAUCGGCCUUGAGGACCAUCAAAUACGACUCCAAAUGGCUGAAAGAACCUCAUUUCCUGCACGCAGCGGAGUACGGGAAUUAUGUGUACUUUUUCUACCGAGAGAUUGCAGUCGAGCACAGCAAUCUGGGCAAGGUUGUGUAUUCUCGAGUGGCCCGGAUCUGUAAGAACGACGUCGGUGGGUCGCAGCGGGUGCUGGAGAAGCACUGGACGUCAUUUGUGAAGGCAAGGCUGAACUGCUCCGUGCCGGGGGACUCCUUCUUCUACUUCGACGUGCUUCAGUCCAUCACUGACAUCAUCGACAUCAAUGGCGUUCCCUCUGUGGUGGGUGUGUUCACCACGCAGAUGAACAGUAUCCCAGGGUCAGCUGUGUGUGCCUUCUCCAUGGCCGACAUAGAGAAAGUAUUCUGGGGCCGGUUCAAAGAACAGAAAACUCCUGACUCUGUGUGGACUCCAUUUCCAGAAGAGAAGCUGCCCAAACCUCGACCUGGGUGCUGUGCAGGUCACGGUCCAGCUGCGUCCUUUAAGAGCUCCAUCGAGUUCCCCGACGAUACCCUGCAGUUCAUCAAGUCCCACCCUCUCAUGGACACAGCAGUGCCUUCUGUUGGGGAUGAGCCGUGGUUCACGAAGACUCGCGUGAGGUACAGACUGACAGCGCUGGCUGUGGACAAUGAAGCAGGACCUCACAAGAACUACACAGUGGUGUUCAUCGGGGCUGAGUCAGGGGUUGUCCUCAAGGUUUUGGCCAAGACCACCUCUGUGUCCCUGAACGACAGCCUGCUUCUGGAGGAGAUAGAUGUCUUCAACAGGGCCAAGUGCCUGUCUAACCGUGAGGAUGACAAGCGUGUCCUCUCGCUGCACGUGGACAAAGACGCACACAGCCUGUAUGUCGCCUUUUCAAGCUGUGUCAUCCGUAUUCCCCUGAGUCGCUGUGAAAGGCAUUCUGCCUGCCACAAGUCUUGCAUUGCUUCAAGAGAUCCUUACUGCGGCUGGAGGCCUCAUGGAGCCUGUGAGAGGAUACAGCCUGGUGUUGUGACUGUAUAUGAGCAGGACGUUGAAUUUGGAAAUACAGCCCACCUUGGAGACUGUCAUGCGUUUUUGGGCACUACAUCAGCGCCAGAUUACAAAUCAUUUGGCGACCCUACCUCUGACAUGGAGUUUUCAUCAACGCCAGUCACUGUCCACCCCAGUGGGCCCAUACACCCCCCAGUACUCUUACCCACUCAGAGCCCCAGCUCUGAGCCUGGUCCAGAGCUCUACGGCUCAGGCUUUGUGCUGCAGGAUGACCCAGCCACCUCCCAUUCUUUAGACUCUUUCCCAGGGGGCCAAGAGGGUGUGUGGGAUAUCCAAGCAGGUGAGACCAACCAGAUGGUCCACAUGAACAUCCUGAUCACCUGUGUGUUUGCUGCUUUUCUCAUGGGUGCACUCUUGGCUGGUCUGAUUGUUUUCUGCUACCGAGACUCGUUCCUUCGUAAGCCAAGGCACGUCCACAAGGAUGCAGAGUCUGCACCGUCCUGCUCUGAUUCUACUGGGAGCUUUGUCAAGCUCAAUGGUCUAUUUGACAGCCCCGUAAAGGAAUACCAAACCAACAUUGAUUCUCCCAAGCUGUACACCAAUCUGCUGAGCAACAGUAAAGACCUGAACUCGCCCAACGGGGAUACCAAGACCAUGAUCCUGAGGGACGGUUGUCAGCCUCCUGAGCUUGCUGCCCUGCCUACACCCGAGUCGACUCCUGUGCUUCAACAGAAAGGCCUGCAGCCCAUCAAAAAUCAGUGGGAGAGGGCUCAGGGGAAGGCCAGUGGGCCUCGCAAGGAGUCCAACUCAGCUAAGAGUCCUCAGUUCCUUUCAUCUCCUGUUCCUCAAAAUCCCCACCAUCCUCACCUGGCUCUUGGACACUCCCACAUCCCCAGUGCGGUUGUUCUGCCCAAUGCAACACAUGACAUCCCUGACUUUGAUGAUGAGGAUGAUACACUGCCGCGGUCGUCUGAGAAGAAGUUGAAGAACCCAGAUUCUAAGGGGAGUAGGAAAGAGCAGAAAAGGUCUGUGGAUGCCAGGAAUACUCUUAAUGAUCUUUUAAAACACCUCAAUGACUCUGUGGCCACCCCUAAGGCCAUUCUUCAAGAGGGAUCGGGGCCCCGCCCAAGGCAACACCUCACACUGGAACCCAUGGAGGAACUGACUGAAUUACCCCCUAAGGUACCUAGCCGUGAGGCUUCCCUUUACUCCCCCUCCUCCUCCCUGCCCAGGCACAGCCCCACCAAGAGAGUUGAUGUGCCUCUGCCCUCCACUCCCACCACACCAACGGGCAGCCUGAGCCAUGGGGGAACCCUGGAGAGACAUAGAGGGGGGUAUCAACUCCAACGGAGUGCCUCUCACAGGCACUCCUUAUCCACCUCACCUAAUGGGGUAACAAUGGGGGUGUCGGUGUCUGUGUCUCGCCAACACAGUAUGAACAGAGGAGGUUACAUGCCUCCAACACCCCCCUCCAGACUUGACUCCCAUGGUGGAGUAAUGGGGGGUGGAAUGCACUCAGCCCACCCAUCCUCAGUACCCCGACAGGGCAGCUACAAUGGGCACUGCUCACUCCCUCGCACGGGGGUUAAACGGACCCCAUCGCUAAAGCCAGAUGUGCCCCCUAAACCCAAUGGGUUUUCCCCACAGACUCCACAGAUGCGAGUGGUCAACAAGUACAGUUAUUAAAGCAGAAGGGCACUUCUGAGUGAGCUCUUGACUGUAGAGCUUUGAGCCCUGGGUGCUUGGGGGGACUAUGGAUGGGGUAGGGCCUGGUGUGUGUUUGUGUAUCGACUUGAGGUGUAUUCCCCCUUUAAAUGAUAUGCACAUUCACUCACACUAAAAAGGGAAAAUCAAACAUGUGGCCAAAGAUACUCCUUGGAGCUUUUUUGCUUCCUAUGUCUCCAAGUCCCUCCCUUGCCAUGGUAGCCAUUGGAUAUGAACAGUGGUCAGUGGUGAAUCUGCUGCACCCCAUUGUAUCUGGGCUUGGUGUCAGCCGUUCCAAUAUUAGGUACGCGGUUUGGGACACUGACGCUGGGCCGCUACAGCGUCUGUGCGUGUCGUACAAGGGUCAAAACAGUGGAAUACUUGAAGAAUGGGUCUCAUUUGUCACUGCCCUUGAGCACUGUCUUCCCACUAAUGUGAACUGAACAAAGAGGAGAGGUAGGCCAUGCCUUUGUUAGUAAGAUGGCUGGGGGCAGAGGAGAGGGAACUCAAAAAUCAUGGUAUGCGUGUUGCUUUAGAAACAUGACUUCAGACAGCUGAAUAAAACAGCCAGAUGACAGAGAGAAUGAGUGCAGAUGAAUGUGUGUGUGUGUCUGUGUGUGUGUUUGAGUGACAUGUGUGGAAUGCAGGUUUGUGCUAAGGCAGAACACACAUAAGGCCUUUCAGCCAGAGGAUGCACCUAAAGACCUGUCUAAGACCUAAGUCACUGUUUCCCGUCUCUUUUUUGCUCUUGUUCAAAUCCAUCUGGACCGAGGCUAAACCCCAUGUUCGUCACUCUGAUGUGCUUUUUGGUCAUUUGUUUAGGCUGGAGUGACAUUAUUCAUGCUGGGACAGGGAAUCUGUUACUCACUGGGAAAUUUAACAUAGUACAUUUGCUGCUAUCGGUUUUAGACAAACAUGUGCAUCUAUGAUGAAUUUUCUUCUCAACCAGACUUGGAUAUUGGUGUGCACGGCUGCUUGUGUGUAUGAGUGGGUGUGUGUGUGUGUGUGUGUUUGAUCCAUUGCAAACAGAGGCCAAGAAGUUCAAUUUUAAGCAACCAAACACACUGUUAUGACUGAAACAUGGGCAAAAUGCUUCUCUCCAGGACUGAAACCUCCUCUAACCUCCGCUGCCCCAUUGUGGGGCAAAUGCUGGUGGUUCAAGAGACUUCUUUCUUAAUGUAGCAAAGGUAUUAAGAAAAAUAUACAUUUCUCAUCUCGUUCUAUAAAUGAAUUUUGAACAAAAUUAUUUGCCUUUAUAAUGUUUUACUGUGUUAUUUAAAUAAUUUUCAUAUGAAACUAAAGCAACACCAAUGGUUUAGCCCAUUUUUAAGGAAUUCAACAUUUCAGGGCACUUCUUUUAAACUUGCGUGGACCCCAUUAGAAGAACACUAGAACUUUUCCUUCUGCAUUAACCCUAUGAAAGGUAAAUUAAAGCAACCCUAGAACAAUACAUGGAUGUAACACCUCUGUCACCUGCAGCCCCUGUGUUUCCUGUGCAGCUUCCCCGCAAGUGGCCAGUGUACAAUCAACACAACAAUUACCAAUGUGUCCAAAUGAGUCAUGCUGGGAAUGACGAGAUCCUGUAUAUAAUUAAAUACUAUAAAUAAGGAGUAUAAAUAUUUUUUGGCGAGUGAACCUGAAUCUGUGCAUUGUGUGCCUUAUUCACAAAAAUGAACUAGUACAUUAUAUGAUAUUGGCUAUGUCAAUUGGUCCUCUGUAUGUUAUUGUCAUAUACUAUAUAAACAUUUUUAUAGAAGAAACUUCAAUAUGAGCAGGAUGUGUUGAAAACCCACUACCUAACCCAAACUGAAGUGACGUGGAAACAACUGACCAACAUUCCACUUAGGACUUUUACAAAAGGAUAGUCAAAAAAUUUCAUUUUUGGUUAUGAAUCGAUGUUUCUCCUUUAAAGUUGGUGUUGAAUGGAACGGUGUUAAUCCAACACAUGGAGGUGCCAUGCAGUGAAUGUAUUUUCUUGACAGUGGGAUGUAGGGUGGUUAGACCUUGUACUGUGGAGCAGUCGGCUCAGUGCAGCACAUCCUGCCCACAGCCAAUGUAUUAACACAGUGUUCAUGUGAAAGCCGUCUGUUGGCAUGGGGCGGCGGUCACGCAGAAUCUGUAAUUCCCCGGGAUUGCAGAGACGGGAAUUGUUUCUAUUGGCCAGUAGGGACGCCUGAGGGAUCACAUCUCUUAGCAUUGGGUUCAUUAUACGGGAGACAUCUGCAAUCCUAUCCGAGUGUCAGUUGCCUGUUUAGCCCAAAGCCACAUUUUGUUUACAAGUGAUGAUUGUAUGUAAAGACUUUCUGCCUGUCAUCUAACCAGUGUUUGGGCUCUCUUUUCUACUCCACACAUGCACACUGACAAACAUACAUUCAACACACACUGCUCAACUGCCUUGUACAUUGCAAUAUGAACUGGGUCUUUCUGUUGCAAUCUGAAUUGAAGCCUUUAUAUUUCAGUCUGAGCUCGGUGUGUGCAGAUGAACCGGAUUUCGUCCUGUAAUUUUUGAUUUAAAUACUGUGCAACAUGGCGAUGCAAGGCCAGCUGUAUAUAUGAUCUCCAGAGUAUUUGAGCGUGUAGAUAUGUUGUAAAGUUGUACUGUGAAUGUGUAAAUAAUAAUGAUGGUCUUUGUUUCAUGAUAUUUUGUUGAUUUUUUUAACACGGCAUGUAUAGUUGAAAUAAAACAUUACAGCACAG